GGCGCUCGCCACAAACUCUUUUGAACGUAUCGCUUCCCUCCUCCUCCUCCUCCUCCUCCAGUCUCAAUCCGUUCCUUUUUUAUUUCUUGUUCUCUCUCAGAGCUAAAGUAUCCGUGAAAAUGGAGCAACAAAGACACCAGAAGACGGUUCAUCAACAACAACAGCAUGAAGAACUUGAGGAGAUGCAACAUGGCCCUUUCCCUGUUGAGCAGCUACAAGAGUCGGGAAUUGCUGCCCUUGAUAUUAAAAAGCUUAAAGAUGCUGGUCUCUGCACUGUUGAGUCUGUCGCUUACUCUCCUCGGAAAGAGCUUUUGCAAAUCAAAGGAAUCAGUGAUGCUAAAGUUGAUAAAAUAAUUGAAGCAGCGUCAAAACUGGUGCCUCUGGGUUUUACUAGUGCCAGCCAACUCCAUGCUCAGAGAUUAGAGAUAAUUCAGAUAACAUCUGGGUCAAGAGAACUUGACAAGAUAUUGGAAGGAGGGAUUGAGACAGGAUCUAUCACUGAGAUAUAUGGUGAGUUUCGCUCUGGCAAGACUCAACUGUGCCACACUCUCUGUGUCACCUGUCAACUUCCAUUAGAUCAAGGGGGUGGUGAGGGAAAAGCAAUGUAUAUUGAUGCUGAGGGCACGUUCAGACCACAGAGACUCUUACAGAUAGCAGACAGGUUUGGAUUAAAUGGUGCUGAUGUUUUGGAGAAUGUGGCCUAUGCUCGUGCAUAUAACACUGAUCAUCAAUCAAGGCUUUUGCUUGAAGCAGCUUCUAUGAUGGUGGAAACAAGGUUUGCCCUUAUGAUAGUAGACAGUGCCACUGCCCUAUACAGAACGGAUUUCUCCGGAAGAGGAGAAUUGUCUGCUCGGCAAAUGCAUCUUGCUAAGUUCCUUAGGAGCCUUCAGAAGUUGGCAGAUGAGUUUGGGGUAGCUGUUGUAAUCACAAACCAAGUAGUUGCACAAGUAGAUGGUUCUGCUAUUUUUGCGGGGCCUCAAAUCAAGCCUAUUGGUGGUAAUAUUAUGGCUCAUGCUUCCACUACAAGGCUUGCUCUUAGGAAGGGAAGAGGAGAGGAGCGCAUCUGUAAAGUGAUAAGUUCUCCAUGUUUAGCUGAAGCUGAAGCGCGAUUUCAGAUUUCUGCUGAAGGGGUAACUGAUGUUAAGGACUAAUUCAUUAAAAUGUUGUGAAGUUCUGUUCAUCAGCCCGGAAUUUUCAAUUGUAUCUGUCAUUUGAUCUGCAAGCUAGCUAGAGAUGUCAUCAUUUUGUAAUAUUUUGUUUUAAACAAAUGCUCAAUUCAUUGAUGUGAGCUAGUGAUUUUGUUGGAUCUUUUGACAUUCACGAAACUUGUUUUUCUUCCCUUUUCUCCCAUGUAAAUUGAUAUCGCAAGAAAAUAAAGUGAAAGGAAAAAUUAACUGGGAAUUUGUG